CGGCCCUCUCUGUACUUUGGACAGCUCUGUCUGUCCCGGGGCCGAGCGGCGGGCAGCGCCAGGCAAUGCAAUGAAGAAGAUAUGCUCGGCGUUGGCCUUGGCGUGCGGCUCCUAGUGGCUGCUACCCCUGCGCCGCCGCUUCCAGCGCCACCAGGCAAGGCCCCUCUUCCACUCACCUCCUCUCUCCGCCGCCGCUCCUCCAGCUGGUGGUUUUCCAACGUCAACGCUCGUGGAAGAGACAGCGCCACCGCGAGCACGAGCAGCAGGGCGGCGAGGAGGAAGUGGUGGUCCGACCCCGAGCCCAACCAACAAGAGUACGGCUACUCGUCUCUGGAGGAGGAGGACGGUUACGAGGACGAGGAUGAGGCGUUCCCCGGCUUCGGCGGUGCCGCGGAGCUGUUCGGCGAGCCAUGGUUCUCCAAGGUCUUUAAGACAUACGGGUUCCUGCUACCGGUGAUGCUGGUGUCAAUGCUUGUUGCAACGGGGCCCAAGGCCUUCCUUAUGGCCAUGGCAAUCCCGCUUGGCCAGUCAGCCAUAUCAUUUCUCCUCGACGCCAUAUGGGGAAGGAGAAGAAGCAACCGCGAUGACAGGUGGAGGGGGCCAUUCGAAGAAGAAGAUGAUGAGGAAGAAGAAGAUUACCCAGAGGAUGCCGCCGACUUUGCAACAGGUGGUCGAGGCAACAGAUACAGCAGAAGCAGCAGCUAUUAUGAGGGGAGAGGGAGGAGGAGGAAGCAGGACAACUACCAGUCAUGGGUUUCUAAUGAUUUUACUGAUGCUGAAAACAGCACCAAGGGCAGCAGUGGUGAAGAUGGCGAAGGCAACAAAAGCAGUGACAACUUUGGAGGAUGGGAUGAACUACUGAAUGACGAUAACGUUGCCACCCAGGAGAAGAGGAGGAGGAGGAGGAGCUCAUUCUCAGAUGGCAAUACUGAUUACAGCAAGAGACCGCGACCUGCAGUGACUGAGGAGGAGGACAUGGAUGCUGCUGCUGCCAGCAGGGGAGCAGGACAGGGACUAGGAGCUCCCCCAGCAAGGAUGAGAAUGAGACGACAACGAGGAAUGCCAAGAACGACGGGACUCGGCAGUACCAGGUACAAGCAGGCACCAAUCUUGAUGCGCUUGUUGGUGGCAGUCUUCCCGUUCCUGGGGUCAUGGUUCAGGCUACUCUAACAUAGUAACACAGGUAGUGAUUGGUUGUGCGGCAUUGUGGCAGCUCUAUACGUAUCUUGUGUUAUAGUUUGUGGUGGCUAGCUCAUUCAUGAAUUCAGAGAAAGAAUAGUACAGGUGACCCUGGCAGAAAAGGAAGCAUUAUGACCGUGAAAUUUCCUUCAUCUCAUGUACAGGCAGUUGCAGAAUUUUGGUCAGAAGGAACACAUGAUUCAGCCGCAGGCAGCAGCCAAAUGAAACCAUGGAACAGAAAGAAGAAGCAGCGUGGAGAAGAUCAACCAAUUCAGGCAGUGUACCUGCAACAUCAGCUCUAUCUAUGGCUGCAUUCUUCAUUGAAAAAAAUGCAGCCAGGGGGAUCUGAUAAAAUAUAUGUGGUUGCAGUGAAUAUGAACUGGUAGGAGCAAAGCGAGCAAUCUAUGUUUAGAUGUAACGCUGUUACUCUUGUGCAAUGCUUUCUGUGUAGUUAGUGAUUGGCUGAGGAAUGGAAAUGGUGGGAGGGUAUUCAUUCUGAACGACAGAAAAUUGGAGGGAGGGGGAUGAAACUGAAACAUUUUCCCCUCUCUUGGUUGCUGUGGGUGCAUUCCUUGAUCUGUAUGUAUCCUACAAGUUGGCAGAUGAGAAUGAGAUCACUGCUAUUGUUGACUGCAGGCCAUAUAUGCUUGAUGAGCAUGCUUAGUCAGAAUCAGUGCUCGUUCUUGUUACAGCAGACGAGGCUGGAGAUGAUUAAGAUCUAUUCAUGUGGAUGCUUCCUUUACCUUUCGGAUAUUUGGAGUUCAUUAUCAAUGAUGCAGUUGCAGAGUUGUUAAUUAGCAUAGUACAUAUGCAGUCCCUUGUCGCAAUUCCAUUUGGCGCUACAUCCCUACAUGUGAAUUGACCAAGAUA